CUACUCUCGCCUUUUCCCUUCUCAUUCCCGGCUAGAUUAGCAACACAGUUUAGCAGUUUAGCUUAUGUACACUGCAGGAGUGAAUAAAAAGUACGUGUAAAUUGUGGGUAAAAAAGUCCACCAGUGAAGAUGUCGACCGCUCUUGAGAGUUACAUCAACCGGACUGUCGCCAUUAUUACAUCAGAUGGACGAAUGAUUGUGGGAACGCUAAAAGGCUUCGACCAGACGAUCAACCUCAUCCUAGAUGAAAGCCAUGAGCGUGUGUUCAGCUCCUCCCAGGGAGUGGAGCAGGUGGUGCUGGGGUUGUACAUCGUCCGAGGAGAUAAUGUGGCUGUUAUCGGUGAAAUCGAUGAGGAAACAGACUCUGCAUUGGAUCUCGGCAAUAUAAGGGCAGAACCCCUUAACUCUGUAGUUCACUAAGUUUUCCCCAGUGUGUAAAAGUAAAGACUGAUUCAAACCACAUCCACAUGAUUUUUCACUGGAUCCCCCUUUCACUAGUUCCUCCUCCACCUGAUUGGAGUGUCUGCAGAAAUGAAAUAGAAAUUCAUGUUGCUUUUUUUUUAAAUGCCUAACUUUUUUACGUGUGUGAAAAUGUGAGAAAAUAAAUUGUAAAAGGUU